AUGACAUAUUCUUAUCGAUUUAAAUGGCCAGCCGCCAGUGAUAUCCAGUCAGUUCAUAUAACAGGAACUUUUGAUAAUUGGUCAAAAACUAAUAACCCACUCAAACGCGAUGGAGAUUUCUUCGUAGGAACUAUAAAUGUUCCCAGCAGGGAGAAAUUGGUGUUUAAGUUCGUGAUCAAUGAAGAAUCCUGGGUGAUGAGUCCCGACUAUAAGAUCGAGACAGAUGCAAGUGGCAAUGAAAACAACUACGUGGAUGAAACUGAGUUGGAAGAAGUGUCUACUCCAACUCCUACAACUAAGGCAGCCGCCGCGCCAAGCUCAAGUUAUGCUCUCCCAAAAGAGACUGGGAAAGUUGAACCUGCAUCAAUUACAUCUGCCCCAAUUGCCCCGGUAGCAGCUUCCAAAGAGUCAAAUACUGCUGAGAUUGCAGUACCUCCCACUACCGCGGUAACUACUAAAGAAGCCGCACCAGUUACUACAACUGCUGAACCUGUAACUGCUCUGAAGAUUGAACCAGAACCUAUCCAUGCACCUAAAGUCGACACCCCUAAAGCAACAGAACCGGCAAUUACACAGGCUCCUCAACCACUGGUAACCACAAAGGCAGCAGCAGCACCACCAACAACUGCUGGACCAACCCCAUUAGCUGAAGAAUCGGUUCCAAGUACCCAGGAACAGGUUUACUCGCCUUCCCCAGAACCGGCUGAUUCUGUAGCUCUGCCUUUAACCCAGGUGCUUACAACCACCUCAUCAUUCGCUGGUGUAUCUCUCCCCUCUCAGGACUCGGUCUUCGAACACUUGGAAGAUACGGAAAUUGAAGAGGAUGACGAUGAAGAAGAAGACGAGGAUGCAGAUUUCAAUCAAUUCAAUACUCCAACAAACUCCCUUUUCAAUUCUGGCGUUUUGAAUAGCCCAAACACCACUAAGGGCGACAGCCCCUUACGUAACAAGAACCACAAGGAUAAUGUUGAAAUUCUUCAGGCACCUGGGGCAUUUCCAACAUCGUCAUCUUCCUCUAGCACAAAUCAGGCAACCACUGGUAAUGAUAGUGUUAGAAAAGAUGGUCUUGUUUCAAGGUUUAAGAGUUUAUUCAGAUACUAA